GGUAUAUGGUUUUGGGUAAAUAACGCAGCUAAAUACAUGGGCAAAAGUGAGAACAAGAGUUGGACAUAUGAGAAGGCAAAAUCUAUAAUUUCAGAGUCAAUUGAAAUGAGCCAGUCAGUGGGUUUAGAUGAACUGCAAAGGCUUGUGGAAGAACAGGCAGAGAUGUACCCUCUUGGUCCUUGCAUUUCAAUUGCCUAUUUAUCGGUUCUAAAGGACUGUGAGAUUCAUUGCUUUCAUGAAGGAUUGGAAGUCAAACGACUUGGUGGUCUCCAUGUCAUUGGGACAUCUUUGCAUGAGUCCCGAAGAAUUGAUAAUCAGCUUCGUGGCAGAGCAGGAAGGCAAGGAGAUCCUGGAUCAACACGCUUCAUGGUCAGGUAAGUUCUGUUAAAUGAUUUUUAUAAAGUUUAAAGUCAAUCCUUUCAUCUGGACAAAAUUCUUCAUGUUAAAUUACGUAAUAGUCCUUGGAGUA